AUGUCCACCCUCAGUCGCUUCUCUGACGCGUUCGUUAAAGUCACUUUCCAGGAGGAGCCUACGCAUGGCGACCCCAUCGCCGAGCCGUGGCACCAGUUGGGUUCGCAGAAGCAUCAGGGUACUGUGGUCGCUAUGACGCACACUCUGCAAGAGAAAUAUCCUGGGUACUCCAUAGUUGCGACGCAGGACUACCGUUUGAACCUGUUGAACUUCCCCAUGACUGCCAUUGAACCUCUGUCCCCCUCGGAUCUCGUGACGAACAUUGUCUUCGUGCCACUUCCGAAGAACCGAUCCGAGGUUCCCGGCGCACUCGCCCAAUCGAUUCAAUACGGUGGCUUCAAGGUGUCGUGGCAGUCUUACGAGUUCAUCGUCUAUACCGUCGUCUAUCCUCAAGGUUUUGGCCAAUACCAGCAGCACUUCAUUCUGCAUGACGGGCCGAAGGGACCUGCUCAUACUAUGCUCCUCGCGGCGGGUGUCUUUGCUGAUGCUUUGCACAACGAGAUCUGGGUCUUCAACCAAGGAUUCUGGGACAAGGAUGCUGGUCUUUGGAAUGAGAUUCAGAAGGCUUCUUGGGACGAUGUCAUCCUGGAGGACGAUUUCAAAGAGGCCGUCAAGAAGGAUAUUUACGGCUUUUUCGACUCCGAGAAGUUAUACAAGGAGUACUCUUUGCCUUGGAAGCGAGGCAUCAUCUUCCAUGGGCCUCCCGGCAACGGCAAGACAAUCACCAUCAAAACCAUCAUGAAAGAGGCUGACAUGCUCGGCUACACUCCGAUGUAUGUCAAGUCUUUCAAGAGCUGGAUGGGCGACGAAGGUUCUAUGGCCGCUGUAUUCGGCAAGGCCCGGCAGAAUUCUCCCUGCCUCAUCGUCUUGGAAGACCUUGAUGCGCUCAUCAACGACUCGAACCGCUCUUUCUUCCUCAACGAGCUGGACGGCAUCAAUGGCAAUGAUGGUAUCUUGGUCAUCGGCACUACCAACCACUUCGACCGGCUAGACCCAGGUCUAUCGACGCGUCCUUCGCGUUUCGACCGCAAAUACCUCUAUGAUGAUCCUAAUCGCGCUGCGCGUCGACUGUACGUCAAGUACUGGCAGGACAAACUCUCGCAUAACAAGGAUCUCGACUUCCCCGAGAGUCUGGCCAACGAGGUAGCCGACACGACGGAGCGAUUCUCUUUCGCAUACCUCAAAGAGGUCUUCGUGUCUUCUUUGGUGACUACGCUUCAGCAGCGUCAAGAUGGCCACGACAUCUCGUUCGCGAGUUGCAUCCGUAAGGAAAUCGAGACUCUACGCAAGCAACUGGACAAACCCGGUUCGCUGAGAGUUCAGCAAGCUUCGUCCUCCCCGCGGGGAGAAGUCUCCUCUCCCGCCCCCGUUGAAGAUCUAACAGCGCUGCUGCGAGCCGUGCAAUUAGGCGCCACGGAAGAUACCGUCGAGCCUCAUGGCGCUUGGACGAAACUCAGCGCCUCUUUCCUGUGGAUAUGA